ACAACAUUCAAUUUCAUCUUUGCAAUUAGAAUUAAAUUCCGAGAACCGAGACUAUUGUAGAAUUACCGAUAGCCGAACCUAAAGUCGAAGAUAAAAAUAUAAUUAUACAAAAACAAAAAAUAAUUAAAGACGUGUAUUGUAGUAAUGUGUCCAGAAUGCAUAUUACCCGUAUCGGAUGUACGGUGUCAAGUUCUACCAGUGCGACAUUAUCUCAAUAAAAAAUUCAUGCGGAAAUCCUAAUUCGACAUUAUCGGAUGUAAAGUUAUUGACCACGACAGAUUCUGACUGUAACAGAAAGUAGCAGGUCAAACCUGUAUCUAGACCGUUCUUUGGUCUAUGGCAGAGUACAAAAAGAUCGUACUCUAUGAUGGAGACGAAGAUGGGUACUCCGGAGGAUCAGCUUCCGAAGCAUCUUUUACCUAUAUCUUCCCCCCUCCAAUCCAUGGCGGCAUGGAUCGCGAAGCCACUGACAGAAGUUGGUUCACACACCUGCGAUCUUCUAUCCGUGCCUUCCGCCGCAGACUACGCCAGCAAGACUGGCUGCAAGUCCCAGACGUACACGUCCUGGGAUACUUGUUCGCGCUCCUAUGUUGCGUCUUUGUACUGUGCUGGCGUCACAGCAGAACGCACAAAAAGAGGAGUGCAAGACGCUCACGCCAAUCAGGAUUAGCAGGUUCCGGACGAACCGAGCGUAGAGGAGAUGUCUUGGACCAGGGUCCAGAAAGACAUGUUCUCCGCAGGGAAGACACAGUUCUUCCGAGGUGUGGGGUUGUUGACGAAACAGCAACAGAGGCAAGAUGCGUACAUCCAAAGGAUGAAGCUUCGAUGUGCCCCUGAACUCCAGCACCCCCACCGCCACGAACACCACCGCCAGACGCGGGAGGUGUCACGCCCAUCAUAUGCGUACGUGAACGCUACGUAUGACGAUUGUAUCGCGUAUGCAAGUGAAUGGGUUGAAGGCGAGGAUGUUGACAACACAAUAUACUAUGCCAGUUGUGUCAUCCUCGGUCCAUCCUCCCCAUACACAAUCUGGUGGCAAAUCUCUUGCAAAGAGCCACCUUCCGGAUUUGUAAGGUAUUCAGGAGCCAUACCAUACCAGUCUGUUUAAUUUGCAAUUCAACUAUCGCUAUUAUUAAAAGUGGAAAUUUAAUACAGCAUUAUGAAACUACUCAUUAAGAUAAAGGAAAUACUAAGUAAAAUACUAACACUAUUUUGUCUAAAUCUUUAGACUAGCAAUAGUAUUAGUUUAUAACAGAACGUAUUCAUGAGUAGAAGUCAAUAGUAUUUCAGUAAAAAUAGUUGACGAAAACAAGAAAAAUAUCUUCAGAAAGAACUCUUAUUAAAAUACUAUGUAACAGAACAUAUUCAUGAGUAGAAGCUAAUAGUAUUUU